GCCGAAGUAUCUCAAACCCACAAUUGGAUCUCACAUAAUGGCCGACGAUGCGCGGGACCCAACUACCCCUACUCAGGAAGUGAGGGAGCCUGAGCAGCAGGGUGUCCGCAAGCCGAAGCAUGAGUUUCCCAAGUCGCAGGUCGGGAAGCUGUGGGAUGCCUUCGGAAACCCCGAAGAGCCCGUGAAUAUGCUGCCUACAGCGACCACCAAGUCUGGACAAAAGGCUAAAGAAAUCACGGUCACUGAGGCUAUGAAAAGUAUGUCUCUCGAUAAUGCCAUGAGUUUCCAUAAAGCGCCGUGUGCGCGUGACUCGCUGCUGCUCGGAAUCGGGGCCGGAUUCGGUGUAGGCGGCAUUAGGGGCGUGGUUGGAGGUAGGAUAUCCUAAUAAUAUAUCCAAUAUAAUACAUGGUAGCUGAUGAAUUGGAUGAAUUUUAGGACUGCGCUCUAUGUGGACCG